UUACUUUUAAUGCGUGAGUAAAGAAUUUACUCGUUAAUCAGACGUGAUUAAGCUAGGAUUGAAGUGUUUAUAAAACGUUAACUAAAUAAAUUUUAAGCUACAGAGUAGCUAUAAGAUCGUGGAACUUUAUAUUGCAAAAUGUCUGAAAGAAAAGUUUUAAAUAAAUACUAUCCUCCGGAUUUCGAUCCGUCAAAGAUCCCUCGUAUGAAAUUGGCGAAGAACCGCCAGUAUACUGUUCGUUUAAUGGCUCCUUUCAAUAUGCGAUGUGCUACGUGUGGUGAGUAUAUUUAUAAAGGGAAGAAGUUUAACGCUCGCAAAGAGGAUGUGGAGAACGAAGAUUAUCUUGGGAUAAGGAUUUAUAGAUUUUAUAUAAAAUGUACAAGGUGCCUUCAAGAGAUAUCAUUCAAAACCGACCCAAAAAAUACGGACUAUGAAAUAGAGGCAGGUGCUACUAGAAAUUUUAUGGCUUUGAAACUUGCCGAGGAACAAGCAAAGAGAGAAGAAGAGGAACAAAAAGAAGAAGAGGCUAAUAACCCAAUGAAACUGCUUGAAUACAGAACUGAACAGUCCCGGCAAGAAAUUGAAUUGCUAGAAAGCCUCGAAGAGUUAAAGGAACUCAAUAGACGGCAGCGCACUGUUGACUAUGAAGGUAUGCUGAAACAGUUCCAGUCAGAAUCUGCCGAAGAAAGGAAAGCCAGAGAAGAAAAAGAAGACAAUGAGUUCAUAAAGUCAGUGAAAUUCAACAAUGCACCUAAACAUAAAAUCGUCGCGGAGGAAAUUAUAGAAGACGUACGAGAUGCAGACGAACCGAAAAUAAAAACUCCCAAAGUUGAAACAUUGCCAACAAAGAUAGUUGAAACUAAAAAAAGUGAAACAUGGAACCGAAGUAUAGGAGGCCUGUCAAAGAAGCCAGCUCUAGUUAAUCUUGUACGGACGAAGAAAGUGGAAGUUAAGGUUGAAAACGAAACAAAAGAUUCUCAAGAUUUAAAAGACAAUACUUCAAAUAGUAAAACAUCUGUAAAAAAUAUACCGUCAGCAUCAGGACUCUCGUUACUGGCAAACUAUUCUGGCAGUGAUAGUGAUUCACAGUGAGUGAUAUUAAAAUUGUUCUAUUUAAUGUAACGAAUUGUAAUGCAUGAUUUUAAUAUUUUUGAUUUAAUUUUUUCAUAUAAUUAUAUGUCAGUACAAAAUCAAUUCUGAAAAUUGAAUAAAUAAGUUGACAACACA